CAGGGCCUUUUGCAGUGCCGUAAAGCAGCGCGUCCCAGCAGGGCAGCGCCAUGGAGGCGCGCUUCACGCGCGGGAAGUCGGCCCUGCUAGAGCGGGCGCUAGUGCGACCGCGCACCGAAGUGAGUCUGAGCGCUUUCGCUCUGCUCUUCUCCGAGCUGGUGCAGCACUGUCAGAGUCGCGUCUUCUCCGUGGCCGAGCUACAGGCGCGCCUGGCCGCACUGGGCCGCCAGGUGGGUGCCCGCGUGCUGGAUGCGUUGGUGGCACGUGAAAAGGGUGCCCGGCGGGAGACCAAGGUGCUGGGCGCGCUGCUCUUCGUCAAGGGCGCUGUGUGGAAGGCACUCUUCGGCAAGGAGGCGGACAAGCUGGAACAGGCCAACGACGAUGCGCGCACUUUCUACAUCAUCGAGCGCGAGCCGCUCAUCAACACCUACAUCUCAGUGCCCAAGGAGAACAGCACACUCAACUGCGCUAGCUUCACGGCGGGCAUCGUGGAGGCGGUGCUCACGCACAGUGGCUUCCCUGCCAAGGUCACGGCGCAUUGGCACAAGGGUACCACGCUCAUGAUCAAGUUUGAGGAAGCAGUCAUCGCCCGAGACCGAGCCCUGGAGGGCCGCUGACCUGCAGGAGAUAAAGGAUGCUGAGCUCCCUUCCCCA